AUGGUCUACUGUUGCAAGCCAAGCAGAGGCUGCGGUGCGUGCCGUGCCCGCAAAGUCAAGCUCGCAAUACUAACCCGUUUUGGGCAACAGUGCGACCAAGCCACGCCGGCCUGCAAGCGCUGCCUUAAGUCCAACCGCAUCUGCCCUGGCUAUCGCGACCAAUUGUCGCUGCUGUUCCGCGACGAGAGUAGUGCUGUCGCCCAGAAAGCGAAAUCUGCUGCUGCUCAUCGCGACAAGAAGAAUAGCAAUCAUUAUGUUCCACAUUCCCCGGGCCCAUCGUCGUCAGCCAGCACCAGGUCAGACGCAGGCACCGAAUUUGACCUGAAUACACAGACGGCAAGUCUACAUUCAAUCUCGCCCUCCGACGAUGCACAUUAUGGAUUCGGCGACGACGGUGAUGAUGAUGAUGAUGAUGAUGAUGAUGAUGCGCAAUACGCUUCUCUCAAUCUCGUGCCAUUGGUGUCAUUGUCUGUAGAUCGCAGACAACAGGCCAUCUGCUUUUGUCUCAGCAACUUUGCAUGGCUGAAUAGUAGCAUACAUGGGUUCAAUAUCGACGCCGAUGUCUCUCCCACGGCUUCUAUGGCUGAAAAGGCCAUGAUGAAGGGAAUCGUGUCGGUGGGCAUGGCCAAUAUCUCUAGACGGGGGCCUUCCUCUCAGUCCUUGAAACUGCGAGCGCAACGCGAGUACUCCAACGCAUUGAAGUUGACGAAUGCGGCUAUUUCUCAUCCAGAGCAGGCAACCGAUGAUGCCACACUUACUGCGGUUCUGUGCAUGUCACUGUUCGAGAUUGUGACGAGCAGAAAGCCAGAGAGAAUAGAUGCUUUUGUCGAACAUACAAAGGGGGCAGUUGCCCUACUCCAGCUUCGCGGCGAGGCGCAGCUUGUUCGGAGCCAAGGUUUAGAGAUGUUUCAAUUUUUGCGAAAUGAGAUAUACCGUAUUUACAAUGUAAAAGCAAUUGCUCACGCGUACCAAAAGAUUGUCAGCUGCCUCAUGAAUUAUCAUCGGAUUCCCCCAGCGUUACUUCUUCUGUCCGAGAAAGCCACCAUGUUACCCAACGCGCCGUAUAUGGCUAAAAUAUCACAUCUAUUGUGCGUUAUCAUGGCCCGGAUAAGCGAAAUCCGCAUCGAAGAUCUCCGAUCGCAGCGCCCAAGUCUUGAUACCAGCAUCUUAACCCGUGCGUUUGCUGUGGACUCGCAAAUCGAAACAAUGAUGGAAUUAUCGCCAUCGCAAAUCCUGCCUCAGAUAUACACUAGCGCCCCCGGACAAUUCUUUGGAAACGCAGAAUAUAUUGCCCCCUUUGAAGGGGUGUAUCAUACGUACGAAUCAUUCUCUAGCGCGAUGGCAGCGAACCAUUUCCGCUAUUCCCGGCUUUUGAUUCUCGAGGUGAUCUUCAACCGCUAUCAACGAAUGGCUAGCCACCGCGAUUUUAUCCCGUCGCCGGAAUUCAAGGACCAUUGCUAUUGGCUUCGUGAUCUAGCGCGAGCGCUGGCUCGGGAUAUAUGCGCUACAGUGCCGUUUUUCUGUGGGUUUAUCGAUGCAUCCAACCCCAACCUCAACGGGCAGAAGCUUGUCAGCACCGCGGGCGGAAUGGCUCUUCUCUUCCCCUUGUAUGUCGCAGCGAGUGUUGAUGGUUACGGUUCUGCCCGUAGUCAUUGGAUCGCGCGUUGCUUUAAUCUGAUUGGCAGAGAGAUGGGGAUCGAUCAAGCCCUGGCUCUGAUGGAGAUCCUCCCUGUAGAACACGGCAUGACCGGGUUUAUUGAUUCUUUGUAG